AUGGUGAAAGCCCCCCUCGCGCCGCCGGGCAGCGCUCUAUUAGUGGACCUCACGGGCCACAAGAGCACCUUCGCCGCGUCGGAGCUCUGGGCGAAGUCGUCGGCGGUCAUCUUCGUCGCGCGACGCCCCGGCUGACAUAUCUGCCGCGCGGAGGCCAAGCGGGUCUACGCGCGGAAGAGCGACUUCGAGGCGAAGGGCGCUCAGCUACACGCCAUCGUCAAGGAGGACAAAACAUUUCACGGGGCAGAGGUAAGCGAGGUCCAGGCCUUCCGUGACUACUGCUGGCCCGACGCGCCUGUGUACCUCGACGAGCCGCGGGCGUUCUACAACGCCUUAGGCGGCGGCAAGGCCAACAAGAGCUCUCUGGCGUCGGUCCUGGCCAAGAUUGCCAACCCGUGGUCGCGCCUCUCCAAGAAUGCCAAGCGUGCCAAGGACGACAAAGGUAAUUUGGACGGCGAGGGAUUUGUCCACGGCGGCGUCUAUGUGGUACAGACGGGCGGCAAGCCGUACUACGCCCACGCCGAGGCCGAGAUCGGCGACCACCCGCCGACGGAGGAGCUGCUCGCCGCCCUGCCGGAAAUAGAAACGGUCGUCGGCGUCGAGGCCGUCAGCGUCGAGAAGUGA